AUGGGGCUCACCCGUCCUUUCGCUCUGCAGUUAUCAAGAAGUUUGCGGGAGUUCUGCCAUCAAACCUACUUUGCCGAUGUUAACUGCGGCUUUGCACGGCAAAGUCUUCUUGGUUAUCACUCAAUCAGAUGUGCCUCUCAAGGGCCGCAGAUCUCUAGUAAACCUAAUUAUAACGUUGGAACUAUAGGACACAUCGAUCACGGUAAAACCACCCUUACAGCAGCGAUCACGCAGGUGCUUGCAAAACAAGUAAAGUUUGACGAGAUCGACAAAGCCAAGGAGGAGAAGAAACGAGGAAUAACGAUAAAUAUCGCACAUAUCGGUUAUGAAAGCAAAAAUAGACGAUAUUCACACACGGACUGUCCUGGACAUUCGGAUUUCAUAAAGAACAUGAUCUGUGGUACGGCUCAAAUGGAUGCAGCAGUAUUGGUUAUCGCAGCAACUGAUGGAGUAAUGGCGCAGACAAAGGAACACCUAAUCCUUGCUCGACAGCUUGGCUUGAAACAUAUAAUAGUCUUCAUAAAUAAAUCGGAUGCAGUAGAAGAGGAUGUACUCGAUCUAGUUGAAAUCGAAUCGCGAGAGCUAUUGUCAGCACAUGGAUUUGAUGGAGACAAUGCACCAGUCAUCCGAGGCUCAGCUUUGAACGCACUAGAAGGAAAAGAUUCCUCAAGUAUAGUUGAGUUGCUCAAAGCCCUUGAUGCCCUCCCGGAACCACAACGGAACGAGAAUGAAGCACUGAUAAUGCCUGUAUCUUCAAAAACUGCGAUAACCGGACGAGGCACGGUUGUUGUUGGUACUAUUGAGCAGGGAACAUUGAAAAAAGGCGACAAGGUGGAGAUCAAAGGUGAUGAUAGAGAAGUCGUGACCGUAGCCUCUGAUAUACAAGUGUUUGGUAAAAGCGUGAAGGAGGUGAGUUUCUAA